GUAUGGAGAGAGGGGAUUGGAACCGUAAUUACUUAUAAAUGUACAUUAGAUAACACGUACGCACACUGCCUAUGUGGAACACCGUAGCCGCUUAUCACUCAAUUCCAGUGUCAGUAACUGUGCUGAGUUUUAGUGUGUGUAAGCAUUUGUGUAUUUAGUUACUGUCCACUGUUGUUUGCUUGUGGGACAAACGAGAACGUCACGCUGCAAGUAUGUAUCCGUACUAUGAACAGGAUUGGAGUGUUUUGCCACCGGAAAACAAUCGCAGAUUCAAUCCAGCCUUCAAUAUGGCCACCAUAAGGCAGGCAUUCACAGAGGCCGUCGAAAGAGUCAGAAUGCCGACGCCCACACGACUGCGUGAUCUUAUACGACAGAUACGCGCCGCCCGCACCGCUGCCGAGGAGCGGGCCGUGGUUAACAAAGAGUGCGCCUACAUACGCAGCACAUUCCGGGAGGAGGACUCCGUCUGGCGUUGUCGCAACAUUGCCAAGCUGCUGUACAUACACAUGCUCGGCUAUCCGGCGCACUUUGGCCAACUCGAGUGCCUCAAACUGACGGCCAGCACGCGUUUCACAGAUAAACGGAUUGGCUAUCUGGGUGCUAUGCUGUUAUUGGAUGAACGUCAAGAUGUCCAUUUGCUGAUUACGAAUUGUUUAAAAAACGAUUUGAACAGCUCGACGCAGUUCGUGGUGGGCUUAGCGCUGUGCACACUGGGCGCCAUCGCAUCGCCGGAAAUGGCACGUGACCUGGCCAGCGAGGUGGAGCGUUUGAUGAAGUCGCCCAACACGUACAUCCGCAAGAAGGCGACACUGUGUGCAUUCCGAGUCAUUCGCCGUGUGCCCGAACUGAUGGAGAUCUUUCUGCCGGCCACGCGUUCGCUGCUCAGCGAGAAGAAUCACGGCAUCCUGAUUACCGGCGUCACGCUCAUCACGGAGAUGUGCGAGAACAGUUCGGAUACGUUGAUGCAUUUCAAAAAGGAUAGCGGAAAUCGAGAGAUCGUACCGAAUCUGGUGCGGAUCCUAAAGAACCUCAUCCUGGGCGGCUACUCACCUGAGCACGAUGUCAGCGGCGUCAGCGAUCCGUUCCUGCAGGUGAAAAUCCUGCGUCUAUUACGCAUACUCGGCCAUAAUGAUCCGGAUGCCUCAGAAGCCAUGAACGAUAUAUUGGCACAGGUGGCCACCAAUACGGAGACCAGCAAGAAUGUUGGCAAUACCAUUCUCUAUGAGACAGUGCUAUCCAUAAUGGAUAUACGUUCGGAGGGCGGCCUGCGCGUCUUGGCUGUGAAUAUCCUGGGACGCUUUCUACUCAACUCGGACAAGAAUAUACGCUAUGUGGCGCUGAAUACACUGUUGCGAACGGUGCACGCCGAUACGUCGGCUGUGCAGCGGCAUCGCACCACCAUAUUGGAGUGCCUCAAGGAUCCAGAUGUGUCGAUCAGGCGACGUGCGAUGGAGCUAUCUUUUGCGCUAAUCAAUGCACAAAAUAUACGUACAAUGACGAAAGAGCUAUUGCUGUUCCUCGAGAAGGCCGACGCUGAAUUCAAGGCGCAAUGCAGCUCUGGCAUGAUAUUGGCUGCCGAACGCUAUUCGCCCAAUUCACGCUGGCAUCUCGACACGCAGUUGAGCGUCUUGAUAGCUGCUGGCAAUUAUGUGCGUGACGAUGUUGUCUCAUCGACCAUACAGCUGGUGUCCAGCAGUCCCGUGCCAGAGCAGACAUAUAUCACGAAUCGGUUCUGGGAAUCGCUGCAGGUGUCCAAUCACUGUGAGGACAAGCAGCCGUUGCUGCAGGUUGCCGUCUGGGCCAUAGGCGAGUACGGUGAUCUGUUCAUGUACGGCGCGAAUGAGGAUGAGUUCGAGCGUCCAACGGAGAGCGAUCUGAUCGCUGUGUAUCAUAAGUUUUUAACCUCUGCUCAAGUGUCGACAACAAGCAAGCAAUAUGCGCUCGUCUCUCUGGCCAAGUUGAGCACGCGCCUGCAGCAGUGCGUGGAAGAGAUCCAGGCAUUGAUUACCUCCUUUGGCAGCCAUCUGAAUGUGGAUCUGCAGCAACGCGGCGUAGAGUUCACGCAACUCUUUGGCAGCUAUAAGCACCUGCGUCCGCCCCUGCUGGAAAAGAUGCCCGCCAUGCAAAUCAGUCGUAUUAGUUCACAGAAUGGCGAGAGCGGCGGCUCCUUCGAUGACAAUAGUCCGGACGUUAUCGAGAAUGGCAUCGAGAUUGGCGGCAACAGUACGCAUCCUAUAAUCGAAAGCAAUAUGAACACAAUGGGGGACAAUACGAAUAUCCUACUGGACUUAUUGGGGAGUACGGAUCUGUCGGCGGGCGCCAACGAUUUGGCCAUGGCAACAGACCUAUCGAAUGCGGUGCAUAAAAAGAAUACGCGAAAUGCAAACAACGAUGAGCCGGUGUCGAACAAUCAGGAUCUGCUCGACUUGCUCGACCUGGACAUGUCAGCACCAACUGCAACGCCCGUCAUGGGCGUGAAUCUGGGAAGUGAUCAUAGCAGCGCCGCCAAUAUGAACAAUAUGCUCGGCGGACUCGAUCUGGGCGGCUUCGGUGGCAUCGACUCCAUGCCCAAUAGCAUGCCCACAAACGGUAACGAUCUAUCGAGCAUGCUGGGUGGCCUUAACGUUGGAGGCAGUGCGCCAUCCCACGCAAUGCCGUCCAUUGGCGGCAGCCUGCUGGGUGAACUGAAUCCCACGACGGCCUCUAACAAUGUGUCAGUGCCUCCAAAGGAUCCCAAGCUAACGGCGCUGGACAAGAACGGACUGCUGGUGCAGCUGGUGCCAGUGCCGGGCAGUGACUGCAUGAAAAUAUUUAUGACAACCACAAAUAGCUCAGACAAUACAUUGGAGCAGUAUUUGCUGCAGGCGGCCGUGCAGAAGAGUUUUAAACUGCAAAUGCUGACGCCGUCGGGCUCGGUGCUGCCUCCAGGUGGCGUCAUCACGCAGGAAAUGCGAGUUGUUGCUACGUCCAAUGCUGUGCUACGCAUGCGUCUACGAAUUCAAUAUACGAUCGAUGGUCAGCAGGUCGUGGAGCAGACGGAGGUUAGCGGCUUUCCGGAACAGCAGCCAUCGCAUGAAUAAAUAUGCUUUAAAGCAAGCGUAGCGAGCGUUUAAGCUAAAAGUCUAAAGACAACACAAACAAACACACACACACACACAUAUACAUACAUACCGAACACAGCUAAAUACAGAGGUUGCCACACGCAUAUAUUGUAAAAUAAGUUAAAUCAACUACACACACACACACCCAGACAAACACCUAUACCAAUACAC